GGACCAUCACCCUUGCUCUUCCUACCCCCAACACACGAAUAAUUAACAAUGGGUCGUCGUCCUGCUCGCUGCUACCGCUACUGCAAAAACAAGCCGUACCCCAAGUCGAGGUACAACCGUGGUGUUCCUGAUCCCAAGAUCAGGAUCUUCGAUCUCGGCCGUAAGCGUGCCAACGUCGACGAAUUCCCCUUCUGCGCGCACCUCGUUUCCGAUGAAUACGAGCAGCUCUCCUCCGAGGCUCUCGAAGCCGCCCGUAUUUGUGCCAACAAGUACAUGACCAAGACCUCUGGAAAGGACUCUUUCCAUCUCCGUGUCCGUGUCCACCCAUUCCACGUCCUCCGUAUCAACAAGAUGUUGUCCUGUGCUGGAGCCGAUCGACUCCAAACCGGUAUGCGUGGUGCAUGGGGUAAGCCCUACGGCACUGUGGCCCGUGUCAACAUUGGCCAGGUCAUUCUCUCCAUCCGAUCCAGGGACAACAACGCCCACGUUGUCAUGGAGGCUCUCCGCCGUGCUCGCUACAAGUUCCCUGGUCGCCAAAAGAUUAUCGUCUCCAAGAAGUGGGGCUUCACGAACGUCAACAAGGAGGAGUACUUGAAGCUCAAGGAGGAGAAGCGUGUGUUGCAGGAUGGUGCCUACGUGCAAUUCAUUCGCCCCAAGGGCAACCUCGAGCAGAACCUCCGCAACCAGCUGCGUGCUUAAGCGUUGCGUGUGUGUCGUUCUUGCCAUUGUAUUUGUUAUGCCGAUUCCCAUUUGUAUACGACGAGCGCAAUGCAUAUG